AUGUCAGUAAAGCAUGCAGUAAAGAGCAAAAAAGUCAUAAAUGUAAUGAAAAGAAAGAAAGUUGAGGUGGUUAAGGAAAACAUAGAGAUGGAAGAGAAUCCGAGAAACACAGAUGCAUUUCUACUCAACCAUGUGUUCAGACCUCCAUACAGCAUUAUUGUGGAUACAAACUUCAUCAACGAUUGUAUAAGAAAGAAGCAAGACAUAGAGCAUCAGUUGAUGAAGGCCGUUAAUGGAAGCAUAAAGAUGUGCGUUACAGAAUGUGUUAUUGGAGAGCUUGAAAAGUUAGGAAGACCAUUUAGAGUGGCAUUAUCACUCAUGAGAGAUGGCAAGGUGCAGAGGCUAGAAUGCAAUCAUAAAGGCACAUAUGCAGAUGACUGCAUUUUAAACAGAGUGUCUGCACACAGAUGCUACAUUGUUGCAACAUCAGAUACUGCUCUAAAACAACGAAUACGAGCCAUUCCUGGUGUUCCAUUGGUAACAUACAGAGGACAAAGGUGCUUUGUUGAACGACUUAUUCUGCCAACAUUAUUCUAA